AUGUCCGAAACGAAGUUAAAAUUACACGUUACUUUGAUAGUAUUGUGCAUUGCAAUUAGAGGGUUAAAUGCAUUAGAUGACUCUGUCCUUUUCUCCGUGACCCGAGCCCCUCGCUACUUCGGAAUCCUACAAGACCACCGCGGGCAGCCCCUGUCCGUAGAGGUCUCUGAGGAGUACAUGGACCAGGAUUACAUAGCCACUAACAGGAAAAGGCACAAAAUCGAUUGGAACAAAAAUCCUCUCGACAUGGACGAUUUUGAUGAUGACGAUACGGAGGAGCUUUUCGAAGAGAAAGACAAAGAUGUAAAGUUGCCCAAUAAGUUCAACUUACAGGCCGGCCCGGUGUAG